UUGUCUAAAUCGAAAACGAAAGUCACUUAACACAACACUAUUUUAGUCUUGGUUGUCUUUCUCCUAAAGUGCCACAAACAAGUGCAAUUCCAGGAAACGACACCAAACAACAAGACGGGAUAAGAAGGGAUAAUGGACGAUGCGAUAACUUUCUCGGGUUGGGAGUCUGUUUCGGAUAACACUCUGUCAGCCGACGAGGACCCAAAAUCUGGACGUACCUACACAAUGUACCAUGGCACACACCUGCGCAUCGCAAAGACAAUAGUCACCAAUGGUUUCCAACAAUCUAAGGACGGAAUGCUAGGUGCUGGGGUGUAUGUCAGCCGUAACAUUGACAAAGCGAAAUGUUACCCACUAAAUACCGACAAAAAGGAAAAAGUUGUGUUUAAGCUGAAGGUACGUGUUGGCAGGGUCAAAAAGAUUGACUGUGACAACCAUCCGAUGCAAAAAACUUGGCACCAGAAUGGAUAUGAUUGCGCCUGGGUGCCCCCCAACUCCAGUAUUAGCGCCAUCAGGACAGGACGAGAAGAGGACUGUGUGUGGGAUCCCAAAAGAAUCACGGUGGUUGACGUGGCUUGCUGUAUGGAUGAUGCCAAACGCAAGGAUCUCCGUAAAAUGAUACAUCGCCAGAAUGGCACAGAUGAUAUGUGCAGUCGCUGUCAUCAAAAUAAACCAGCUGGUCGGCACGACAUCCAGCCCUGCUGGGACUGUGGGGAGAACAUUUGCCCCUUCCAACGCAAACAUGCAUGCCAUCCAUAGUGCACCUGUAGUAGCCUAUUAUGUUUAGUCGCUGUAUUUUGUUUACUCUGUGCUAUUUGAACAUUCCAAUAUAUUGGGCCUUGGCCUGUGUAAUUUAACCAUCACUGAAAUAAAAACAUGUAGGCCAUUCUUUA